GGAGGAGUCUUCUGGCUCCCAAGAGGCAAGGUUGGGCCCUUUAUUUGCAUCCAGUCUGAAUUAAAUCAUGUGAAAGUGAGCUUUUCCCAAAUCUAAGCUGCCUUCUGUUCCCACCCUCACGAGGUCCCAGGUGUUCCUUCCCCUGUGAUACCCAUGGACUGCCAGCAGAGGCUGCUGCCGUUCUGUAUGUGGCGAGUGACCUGGGAGUGCAGCAUCCUGCCCGGUCUCCUUAACCUUAUACUGAGCCUCCCCUCCAUGAACAAUGUCUCCAGUUUCUGGAGACACCAGGGACUCCUGGUCUUGGUUUUCAAAUUACAUCGAGGGCUAGGACUCAAGCUCCCUCUAAAAUAGUUUCCUCAGUUUCCACCUAGCCUUCUGGUUUCCAGUGACCCCCUUGUUGCUGCAAAAAGAGAUUUAAGAUCUUUAACAACAGAGGAACAUCUGCUGUAUUCUGUUUGAGAUCAGUACCAAUAGCCAACAAUUUUUGAAUGUCUGCGCUCUCAGGCUCUGUUACUCACUUUAUGUGCAUAAUCAAAUUUAAUAUUCAUGAUUCUGUAAGGUAGUUUUUAUUAUCCCUUCUUUGUAAGUGAGGACACUGAAACCAGGAUAAGUAACUCCUCUAAGGUCACACAGCUUAGAGAGAGCUGGGAUUGGUGUACAAGUCUAACUGCUAGGCCCAGGUCUUCAACCUCUCAGGCAGCACUAAGUGCUCACUGGUGAACUGAGUAGUGGAUUCUGGAAGUGCCUGCCAGGAGGCAGGGAAAUGUAUGGUUUUAGUGCCUGCACAUAGCAUGCAGGACUUGACUGGGCAGUCCUCAGACUCAUUCUGGGUGAAAGUAAGAGUUUAGCAUUAAUCCAGAUGCCCUCUAAUCUGGUCUGAAUGGAUGGAAAUCGGUAGUUGUUCUGGUUCUGGUAGGGGUUCAGGGGCAGGGAAAAAGACAGCACGUGGAAGUGGUACCUUAAGCCAAACCACAGGACAGAAAAUAGGAACAGAAUUACAUGAAUCAAGGUCAGAAAUUUUCCUGUCCAACCCACAGGGUGGAGUUUUCUCCAUUCCCGUCCAUCCUAGUGAAUAUAAACCCUGAUUCGAUGUCAGUAACUGGUAGGAGCAGCUUGAUUUUCCAGCUCUCAGCAUCUGCCAUGAAUCUUAAGGUAGUCCUUGUGUUCCUGGCACUGUCCCUCAUUACCAUCUUUGCCCUGACCUAUGUCCUUCUGACCAGCCAAGGUAGCUCCAGGCAGCCUCCCCGCUGCCCCUCUGUAUCUCCUAGAGCCGAGCCCUGGACACACCCUGGCCAGAGCCAGCUGUUUGCAGACCUGAGCCAAGAGGAACUGACAGCUGUGAUGAGCUUUCUGACCCAGCAGCUGGGGCCAGGUCUGGUGGAUGCAGCACAGGCCCGCCCCUCGGACAACUGUGUCUUCUCAGUGGAACUGCAGCUGCCCCCCAAGGCUGCAGCCCUGGCCCACCUGGACAGGGGAAACCCCUCACCUGCCCGGGAGGCCCUGGCCAUUGUCUUCUUUGGUGGACAACCCCAGCCCAAUGUGAGCGAGCUGGUGGUGGGGCCAUUGCCCUACCCAUCUUACCUGCGGGAUGUGACCUUAGAGCGCCAUGGGGGCCCUCUGCCCUAUCACCGACGCCCCAUGCUGGGAACUGAGUUUGCCCAGAUGUGGAAGCAUUUGGAAGAAGUGGAGUUUCCCAAGGCACCUGUCUUCCUGGCUUCUGUCUUCAACUACAAUGGCUCCACUUUGGCAUCCCUGCAUGCCACACCGAGUGGCUUGCACUCAGGAGACCGUGCUACAUGGAUAGGCCUCUACCAUAACAUCUCAGGUGUUGGUGUUUUCCUUCACCCAGUGGGGCUGGAGCUACUGCUGGACCACAGGGCUCUGGACCCUGCCCAUUGGGCUGUCCAGCAGGUCUUCUACCAUGGGCACUACUAUGCUGACCUAGGCCAGCUGGAAUGGGAGUUUAAGGCUGGCCGGCUGGAAGUGGUUAGAGUCCCUCUUCCUUCUUCAGAUGGGGCUUCAUCUCUGAGGUCCCGAAUCUCCCGGGGCCCGCUUCCCCCUCUUCAAUACUGGCCGCAGGGCCCCCAAUACAGUGUUCAAGGGAACCUGGUGGCGUCUUCCCUCUGGACAUUCACCUUUGGCCAUGGAGUGUUCACUGGCAUGAGGAUUUUUGAUAUUCGGUUCAAAGGCGAGCGAGUGGCUUAUGAAGUCAGUGUCCAGGAGUGUCUGUCUGUCUAUGGUGGUGAUUCACCCAAGACAAUGAUGACCCGAUAUUUGGAUAGCAGCUAUGGACUUGGCCAUCACAGCCGGGGCUUGGUGCGGGGAGUGGACUGCCCCUAUCAAGCCACGAUGGUGGAUAUCCACAUAUUGGUGGGCAAAGGGACAGUCCAACUGCUCCCAGGGGCUGUGUGUGUAUUUGAGGAGGCCCAGGGGCUCCCCCUUCGAAGGCACCACAAUCACAUUCAGAGCCAUUUUUAUGGUGGUUUGGCUGGCUCAGCCCUUGUGGUCAGAUCUGUGUCAUCUGUGGGUAACUAUGACUACAUUUGGGAUUUUAUGUUUCACCCUAAUGGGGCACUUGAAGGGCGGGUCCAUGCCACGGGCUAUAUCAACACAGCUUUUCUGAGUGGGGGAGAGGAAAGCCUGCUGUUUGGGACGCGUGUAGGGGAGCGAGUGCUGGGGGCAGUGCACACCCAUGCCUUCCACUUCAAGCUGGACUUGGAUGUGGCAGGGCUGGAAAACUGGGUGGUAGCUGAAGAUGUGGUGUUUAAACCCGUGGCAGCCCCCUGGAGCCCGAAGCACCAGCUGCAGCGCCCACAGCUGACUCGGCAGGUCCUGGAAAGAGAGGACCUGGCAACUUUUCCCUUGGGAAGUCCCAUUCCCCGCUACCUUUACCUGGCUAGCAACAAGACUAAUGCCUGGGGUCACCAGCGCGGGUACCGACUCCAGAUCCACAGCCCCCUUGGCAUACACAUGCCCCUGGAGAGCACCAUGGAGAGGGCCCUCAGCUGGGGGAGAUUCCAGCUUGCAGUAACCCGGAGGAAGGAGGAGGAGUCACAGAGCAGCAGCAUCUACUACCAGAAUGACAUCUGGACACCCACCGUUGUCUUUGCUGACUUCAUCAAUAAUGAAACCCUCUUAGGAGAGGACCUGGUGGCUUGGGUUACAGCCAGCUUCCUGCAUAUCCCUCAUGCUGAGGAUGUGCCCAACACAGUGACUCUGGGGAACAGAGCUGGCUUCUUGCUCCGACCUUUUAACUACUUUGAUGAGGAUCCCUCCAUCUUCUCCCCUGGCAGUGUCUACUUUGAGAAGGGCCAGAAUGCUGAGCUCUGCAGUAUCAACCCCAUGGCCUGCAUCCCCCACCUGGCGGCCUGUGCCCCAGACCUGCCGCCUUUCUCUUACCGAGGCUUCUAGUCCCAGGGAUGUGGUGGGACCUGAGGGGAUGAGACACAUGUACCUUCCUCUCUGUUUUCACUCCCCAUUCUCUGUGUCCUUAUCACACUUGCUCUUCUGAUACCCACCCUCUUAAUGUUCCUUAGGAAAUAGCCCUUUCCCACACUAAAUUCCCAUAUAUCCCUUUGGUUAACUCUCAUUUCCUGAUUUUAAAAAUUGUUUGAAAAGUUUUUAAAAGUGAUAUCAUUAAAAUAUUCAAAAAUACUACAAAUCCUACCACUCGGAAAUAGCUAAUUCACAUUUGGUGAACAGUAUACCAGCCAUUU